AUGACGAGCGUGCGCCGUCCUCUGAGUAUUUCGACCUCUGCGGCGGACAGUCCGCCCGCGCCGCGGCCACUGCACUUGCCGAAUACUCCCUCCCCUUCAUCCUCGGUCGCCAGCUUCAAUCAGCCGCAACGGAAACAUGCCAGUCGGAGACAGUCUUCCAUUUCGUACUUGCCGCCGGAUAGUCCGCGGUCAUGGUCUCUGCGUUCGCCGCCGGCUAGCGCAUCUCAAGAGCGAUUCAGCAAGCGGGCGACCAUAGCGGGAGUGUCCCCGUCUUCCUCGGCAGCGAAGGAGAAUCGAAGGCGGAGCAUGAUCGUUGGGCCUUCUUCAACUUCAACUUCGCCGCUAAGCGCCGCGCCUGUUGAGAAGGAAGGGCCGAAGGAGCCGGCAGGAGAGCACACGCUCACGCUCGCAGAGAAGCAUGCACCAUUGCUGCAGUUCAUCGCCCAGAAGGAGGCCAAGUGCCUGGAACUACGCUCUCAGCUGUCCGCGCACGAGCAAGAGCUGCAGGUGCUCAAACAAGCUUGGGAGCGCAUCGUCCGACGCGAUUUCGGGAAGGUCACCCCUUCGACGCCUGCACCUUCGGCACCUCCAGGCCCGGUCAAUGUCCCUGCCGAUGGGAUUCUGGACAGCAUGCCUGCGCCGCUCGCUCGUAUUCUGGCGCUCAAUCCUCCCUCACCCGCCUCGCCUGUUACCGUGCCUGCUCAAGUCCGGACGCAAAGCACGGCGCCGCGGGGUGCAGCGGCGAAGCGCAUGGCGGCCCAUGCACCCAGUGCUAGUGCGAGCACUGUUGCAAGUACGAGUACCACCACAACAGCCAGCACCCGGCUCUCCCAAAGUUCGACGUCCAGCGUAGAGCCUAUCGAUGCAGAGCCCGAGGCGGAUACGAAGGCUGCGAUCCUCUCACCUCCACCUUCAGUACCCUCGACACCUCUAUCGCCGUUUGCGUCUGAGCGUACUCUGCGCCGACGCUCUCGUGAAGUCAAGAAGGCAGAAAUGCUCGACGAUGACACUAGACCUUCGCCCAAGCAGGAUGCAGUAGACUUCGGUUCACUCGGGCGGCGCUCGAACAUGAGCUUGCCUCCACCUGCGGGCGUGCCAGGACUUAGUGGGCUCGCGGCCAUGGGACUCAAUGCGGACGUGGCGGCAGCAGCGCAGAACUGGGUUGGCAAGCGGAUUACUGAAUCAACCAAGACAUUGGGAAAGAGCCAGAAACGUGCAAGCAUGAUCAUCUCGGACGUAUCACAAUCCCUCUUUGCGGCGUUCAACCCGGGUCUACCAUCGCCCGCGGGCUCCCCUGCGGCAUGGCCAGCACGAGUGUCCCCGAUUGCGGAACAGCCCUCAACUAGCCUACUUGACGCGGACGAUGAUGAUCCACCUGCUGGGCUGGGUUUGGUCAUGGCACCAUCUCCGGCGAUGACACCGACACCGCUCAUGACGCCAGCCUCCAAGCCCGCAGCGAGCUCCAGCACAUCGAAGACAACGCAGCAACAGACUCAAGAGGAAGACGACGACGAUUGGAAUUGGCUGCCACCAAUGUACCCCGUCGGAAUCGACGCUGAUACCGACUUCGAGAUGCAGCUCGCCAUGACAAUCCGCGUCGCGACUGGGUGGUUAUAG